UAUUUUGGUCCAAUUACCGCAAAGUGCAAAAAAGAAAUUGAAAAUCAAUCAAAGUUCAUUUUCUUUGAAAUUGGCGAUCUUCAUGCUCUGAAAGCAGAAAUCUUCAACACCAAGAACCGAACUUUUCAGGCGGCACAAGCAGAGGAGUCUCGAUGGAGUUAGCCGACAGAGCUGUUGGGCUCAUUUUAACAUUGACUAGUUUGUCCAUUUUUACAUAUUAUACCUUCUGGGUUAUCAUUCUGCCUCUUGUUGAUAGCGAUCAUUUCGUGCACAAGUAUUUUCUACCACAAGAAUACGCUAUUCUCAUUCCUGUAUAUGCUGCAGUGGCGCUGAUCUGCUUAUUGAGCGUGUUUAUUGGAUACGUCAUGCUCAAGUCCAAGAAGAAGAAGGCAUGAUGUAGCUGCGGCAAGUCCAUUGUUUGCUCUAUCGAGUUCAUGAUAAUUGAUCAUCUUUUUAGUGCUUCUCGUUUUGAAUAGCCCAUGCCGGAGAGCACAUAGUUUUUUUUUCUGUAUUCUCGAGUCAACUACAAUUUGGAACCUCUCGAUAUGAUUUUGUAGUAGUCACUACUCACUACUCACUACACAGGUAUUAAACAAAACAUGGUUGAUUUAUUCUCUUGUUAUUAGCUGGAGGAGUGUAAAAAACCUUGAUCAAUGACAGUUAUACGAAACAAGUCUUUUGGUUUCGAUCACCA